GUCGAGUCAGUGCGAGUUGACCGUGCGGGUGGAACGUACGUGUUUGUUCUCUCAGUCCGUAUACUGUAUUAUUAAUAAAUAUUUAAUGUAACAAGUACUGUCGUUACUGCUACUACUACUGCUACUACUACUACUUGCGGUACUAUUACUGCUAUUAUGCUGUUGUCGGUGGUAGUUAAAUUUUAUUAUUUAUUUAAUGUGAAAAAUAAACGGUAUCAAUAGCGAUAAUUAGUGUUACGUAGUGUUUGUAGUUGCGUUAAUUAAAUAAUAAAUUAUUUAUUUAUUUAUUAUUUUUAAUUGAAUAAUAAGCAAUUGAAUUUUAAGAGCGAUAUUGCCGGGAUAUAGUGAAAGUAAAUUUAAAUAAGUGAGUGAAAAAACUGGAGAAAAGGGGUAUUAUAAAAUGGCAGGGUGUACUUUUAUGUGAUAAAAGGUGUUGUUUAUGCAAUAUUUAAAUAUUGCCGGCGAUUUAUGAUAAAUCCGGGAACCAAGACGGAUAUUUGAAUAUAAUGGCACCGAGAUGCAGCUGGAUGCCGAGGAUGUAUGUGAUGAUAGUGAGUUUGUUGUGGUUACUGGCAACGACAACGCUGGAGGGUGUGUUGGGAUCAUGUCACUGGUCAUCCGACGGCAAUGACACGAGAUCCGCGGUCUGCAAUGUAAGAACACUGGAUCCAUCGGGUGUUGCUGCGCUAUUUCCGCCACUAGAGGGUGCAUUCAAAUUACGUCUCGAUUGUAGUAAUGUGCAUCACUUUGAGAGUAUAAUUAGCGGGGAAAGCUGGAACCGGUUGAGCGGUUUGCACGAGCUUAGCAUUGAUAGUUGUAAAAUAUUACGUAUUCCUGAAGCGGCGUUUCAACCGUUGAACGAACUAAAACGUCUAUCGCUGAGGACACUGAACGUCGAAUGGAGUGCUGGGCGUACACUAGAACUGGUACCAGAAGCCCUAGCUGGACUUAGGGAACUUCAAGCACUUGAGAUAGUCGAUAGCAAUCUCAGGGUUUUACCUCGGAAUGUAUUGUGCGGUCUUAACAAUCUCCAAAUUCUCAAUUUGACCGGGAAUCAAUUCCGUGAAAUCAGUGAGGUUGGACUGGCAGACGUACGUGCCAAUCGUGCCAAUUGUCACGCAGACAUACGCACACUCGAUCUCUCGCAUAACGAGAUAAGGAAUUUACCCGAGGAUAGCCCAUUGUCGGGUCUGAGACAAUUACAAGAACUCUAUUUGCAGCAUAAUUCAAUUGGCGAGAUAGCCAGUGAUGCACUUACUGGACUUACUAGCUUACGUGUAUUUAAUGUCAGUUACAAUUCACUUGAUACACUGCCAGAAGCACUGUUUGCAAGUACACGAGAUCUAAGAGAAAUUCAUUUACAGCACAAUGAAUUACGUAAUUUACCUCGAGGUACAUUCACACGCCUUGAACAGCUUUUGGUGUUAAAUUUGGCAGAUAAUCGUCUUGGUAGUGACACUGUAGAUGAAAUGACAUUUUUAGGAUUAAUAAGACUUAUUGUACUUGAUCUUUCGUUCAAUUCAUUAACACGAAUUGACGCUAAGAUGUUCAAAGAUUUAUUUUUUCUUCAAAUACUUGAUUUGCAUAAUAAUUCUAUUUCACACAUUGAGAGUAAUGCAUUUCUACCACUUUAUAAUUUACAUACUUUGGAAUUAUCCGACAACAAUUUGCAUUCACUGGGACCACAACUUCUCAAUGGACUGUUUGUAUUAAAUCGUUUGACACUGUCAGGAAAUCAAAUAAAAGCAAUGGAUCCACUGGCAUUUCGCAACUGCUCUGAUUUGAAAGAACUUGACUUGAGUGGGAAUCAAUUAACGGCGAUACCUGAAGCUCUGAGAGAUUUAACAUUUUUGAAGACACUUGAUUUGGGUGAAAACAAAAUAACAGAUUUCCACAACGGAUCCUUCAAAAAUCUAAACCAACUCACGGGAUUACGUCUAAUUGGGAAUGAAAUCGGUAAUUUAUCACGUGGGAUGCUGUGGGAUUUGCCCAAUUUGCAGAUAUUAAAUUUGGCGAGAAACAAAGUGCAACACGUUGAACGUGAUGCAUUUGAACGUAAUACACGUCUAGAAGCUAUUCGCCUCGAUGGAAAUUUUCUUUCCGAUAUUAACGGUAUAUUUGCAAGUAUCGCAAGUUUACUUCUGCUUAAUUUAUCGGAAAAUCACAUUGAGUGGUUCGAUUACGCCUUUAUACCCCGUAAUCUAAAGUGGUUAGAUAUACAUGGUAAUUUUAUUGAGAGUUUGGGUAAUUAUUAUCAAAUACGUGAUUUAAAAGUACGUACUUUGGAUGCAAGUCAUAACCGUAUUACUGAAUUAAUGCCUCUAUCUGUGCCUGACAGUGUUGAAUUAUUGUUCAUAAAUAAUAAUUACAUUACAAAUGUACAUGCCAAUACGUUUACGGACAAAGUUAAUUUAACGAGAGUCGAUAUGUAUGCCAAUAUGAUUGAAACAAUGGAAUUGGCAGCAUUGAGAUUGACACCAGUACCUGAGGGUAAAUUUCUACCGGAAUUCUAUAUCGGUGGUAAUCCUUUCAAUUGUAACUGUUCGAUGGACUGGCUGCCUGUUAUCAAUAACAUGAGUGCGCUGCGACAGCAUCCGCGGGUUAUGGAUUUAGACAAUGCAAUGUGUCGCAUAUCGGGUCCUCGUGGUACAGCAAUAGUGCCUGCAUCAAUAGCUAGACCAGAACAAUUUUUAUGUCGUUAUGAGGCACACUGUUUCGCUCUGUGUCACUGUUGUGAUUUUGAUGCUUGUGAUUGUGAAAUGACAUGCCCGUCUGACUGUAAGUGUUAUCAUGAUCAAACGUGGAAUACGAAUGUUGUAGAUUGUUCGGGUCUCGGUACACAAGACAUACCUCGUCGUAUACCUAUGGAUGCUACCGAAGUUUAUUUGGACGGUAAUGAUUUUAGAGAAUUACAAAAUCACGUAUUUAUCGGUCGUAAAAAUAUGCGCGUAUUAUACGUUAACGCCAGUGGUAUUGAGUCAAUACAAAACCGUACAUUCAAUGGAUUAAACAAUUUGCAGAUAUUGCAUCUCGAAGACAAUAAAAUACACGAGCUUAAGGGAUUUGAGUUUGAGCAUCUUGCACACCUGCGCGAGCUAUACCUGCAGAACAACUUGAUAGGUUUCAUUGGUAAUCUCACCCUAUUGCCAUUGAGAUCAUUGGAAAUUCUGAGGCUCAAUGGAAACCGUCUUGUCACGUUUCCGGUUUGGCAAGUCACUCUCAAUACCCGUUUAGUGGAUCUAUCGCUCGGGGGCAAUCCCUGGUCAUGUCGCUGUAAAUUUCUGCAAGAGCUGUCCUCUUGGGUUUCUGACAAUGCUCACAAAGUUAUUGACGCAAGUGACGUUUGGUGCUAUAAUAAUGAUGCUCGUCCUGCAUACCGACGUCGUCUCAAUGUUAAUGAGACAGCAUGCUCGGAUUACUAUGCACAAGGUGGUGUUAUUGAAAGUAUUAUGGUAUCUGAUUACUUACCAAUGGUAGCUGCUACAUUAUCAGCAGUAUUAUUACUCCUGGUAAUUACAGUCUUGGCAUUUAUAUUCCGUGAACCAGUGCGCACGUGGGCUUACUCUCGUUACGGUGUAAGGUUCUGGGCAAAGUCAACACAAUCUGAAGACAAAGAACGUCUCUAUGACGGUUACUUUUGUUACAGUCCUAAAGACGAAGACUUUGUAUUACAUUCGCUGGCAGUUGAACUUGAGCAUGGACCAAGUGGUCUACGACUGUGUCUUCAUCAUCGGGAUCUUCCGUGCCUAAGGGCAGCUGCGCCUGUUGUUUUAGAGGCUGCCGAAGCUUCUAAACGGGUCAUCAUAGUGCUGACAAGAAAUUUUUUACAAACCGAGUGGUCGCGUUUUGAAUUUCGUGCGGCAGUACACGAGGCCCUGAGGGGACGGCCAGGUCAAUUAGUUGUUGUACAAGCCGGCCCAGUUGCACCAGAGGCGGAAGCGGAUCCCGAAUUAAGGCCAUACCUGCGUACCGCGACAACGCUCAGGUGGGGCGAAAAACGAUUCUGGGAAAGACUGAGGUUCGCUAUGCCACCUGGUGAUGCACUCAGGCACAAAUCCUCGUCGCUGUACAGAAGAAAUGUCAACACAUACACUCUUGAGGGUCGGCCGGAAAAAGAAACAUCGACACUGAGAGUUCACGGUCACAUAGCGGGUCAUCAUCAUCAUCAUCCGCUGUUCAAGGACGCACCAGAGUUACUUCAAGCACCACCGGCUUACUCAAGCGCCGCAGUUCUCGGUCAAAAUAAUCAAGGAAGGCUGGGUGAAAGUGGUGGGGUCGGAAGUGCUAAUAGAGAUAGUUCAAUGAGCAGCUCAACAACAGCUAAUCCAAGUCCGAGGCUGACUAUGAAUCGUGCGUAUCAAGAGGGACCUGUCGAUGCAAUCAAUGAAAGUAGACGACCACUGUCUGAACACAUUUACUCGUCAAUUGAUUCCGAUUAUUCGACACUCGAGCGAAAUGCCUGGAGACAACAGCAGCAUCCACCACCUGGACAAGCCUAUCUCGUGUAAUUCUCACAGAAGAACGGUUUUAUUUGCAAAACCCACUCAAGAAACAGCGCACGAGCUUGUAAGAGGCAAAGGUGCUUACUCUGAUACACUACUACAGGAAAAUCCAAGGGCCAUCGCUGUUGUUGUUGGCUGUUGUUGGAAAUUGGCUUGUGGAAACACGUAGCGGUGUGUGCUGGUCACGUAGAUGUGUACGAGCGAACUUGAAAGCAUCCCGCAUAUACCUUUGGCGUGCAGACAACCGUGUUUAAAAUGUAACUCGGGCGAUCAAGAAUUUAGUCCAACAUUCAAAAGGAGAGCAACUUUCCUGAAAUACAUUCGCUGUUACGUCGACGUCUAGUCAAAGGGUGCAUUGUCUUCACUUUUCCCUGACGUCAGAGGCGCUCAUUAUAAUGGGCAUGUUAAAGUAAAGAAUCAACAUUACUAUAUUUAUGAAAAACAGUGCUGCAGUGAGUUCUGAGGAUUCUUAAUUAAAUAAUUGUGUUCCCUGUAAUACUUUCUUCCGCUGUGUAGAUCUUUUGUGAUAUAUCUUAAUUAAUAUGUUUUUUUUCUAUUUUUAUUCUUUAAAUUUAGUGAGUAUGGACAAUAAGUUUGUUUUAAACCAACAAUGUGCGCAGACUUAAAAAAAAAAAAAAACUCAUUCAUUCAUUAGUGUAACAAAACUAAAACGUGAUUAAUAUAUUUUUUUUCUGCUCUUUGUUUAAAAAACUACUGACUCAUCAUUUUUGUAUCUGUUAUCACGAUAAUCUUGCGAUAAACUUGAUGACGUUUGAAAGCGAUUAUAUUUUUUUACGAGUUCGCACAAACGUUCCUAUAAUGAAAACAAAUAAUGUACACUCAUAAAAAAAUUUUUAUUGUUCUUUAAUAUAAUCACUAUUAUUAUUAUUGCCGGUAAAUAACUGAAUUAAAAGCAUUUAACGAUAUGCAGAAUAAAAAAAAGAUAAAAGAGAACAUGAAAAAAAAAAAAUAAUAAUAAUGAAAUUUUAGUUAUUGACUGACGUUCUCAUAAAGACAAUAUAUAUAUUUUUUAAUUUAUUUCAAUAACAACAUUCUCAUUAACGUACUGAUUAAAAAUUGUUUUUUUUUAUUGUUCAUUGUUUAAACAAUAGUAUUUUGCCCGUCCUAAUUAAAUAUCGAGAGAAUAAAACAAACAAAACAAUAAAACUAUUAUUGUGUUGUAAAUUUACCGAUGGCCUACCUCGCCACAGACUUAAAUUAACUUUAAAUAAAUAAUUAUUUACUUAAUUAAUAAAUUAUGCUUAAUUAAAUGGUCACAAUUAUACGGAUUUAGCGACUCGAUUCGACUCCAACGUGGCACAGCUGUAAAUAUUUACUAUAAAAUAUGUUAUAUAUAUAUAUAUAUAAAUAUAAAAAUGUGUAUAAAAUGAUUUGAAAUUUGUUUAAAAAAAAAGUAAUUAUUAAAAUUAACAAAUAUAAAGUUAGUGUGCUGGAAAUAUGAGCGUUAAAUUAGCUAGGCAAUGUUUUGUAAUUUUAUAUGACUGACAGAGAGAUUAAAAAAAGUUGUUGUAUGAUAUGUAAAUAUGUAUGUAAUUAUGCCUGAUGUAAGAUAUACUCGCCAUAAAAGAAUUAUUGAAUAAUAAAUGUACAUCCGGAGAAGUUUAAAAAAUAAAAUAUAAAUAAAUAAAUAAAUAAUUAUUAUUAUUAUAAAUAAAUUGUAAGCCUCUUACUUUUGUACGACGUACGUACAUUUGCCCUUAUAAAAAAACUACACAUUGUACAUUUGCUAUAAUUCGAUUAUUUAAAUCAUGUGAAUAAAUUUAUAACUUACGUUAUCGUUUCAAUUAAAACAUUUUUU